AUGGACGGCAACCGCGAUGACGCCGAGCGUUGUCUGCAUCUUGCUGCGACCGCUAUGCACGGCAAUGACAUCGCGAAAGCCACCAGGCUACUUGCAAAAUCGCGACGCAUGUACCCGCUUCCAGAGCAGCAGGCUCGCUUCGACGCUGUUCUCAAACUGCACAUUGCCUCGACCUCUUCAAAAAAGUCCUCCUCUUCCGCUACGCAUGAGCGGAAUUCGCGGCGAGACCAAGGCGUCGAGCCAGAAGGCGACCAAGAAAAGCGCCAAGCCACCCCCGAAAUGGCCGCUGCCGUGCGCCGCGUGCAACAACUCUCAAAGAAAAAUCACUAUGACGUUCUUGGAGUACCCCGCGACGCCGAGGGCGUGACCAUUAAACGUGCAUACCGAAAGCUUGCGUUGCGCUUGCACCCUGAUCGAAACCAAGCUCCCGGUGCCGACGAGGCGUUCAAACGGGUCGGCCAGGCGUUUGUUGUGGUGUCGGAUAAGGAGCGGAGACGUCAUUAUGAUCAGUUUGGCACGGAUGGGCCUGAGCACCAACCAGUAAGAAGCGCGCGAAGGCGGAAGAGCCGAACACGCGGUGCUGCGGCUUUUGAUGACUUUGAUAAUGCGAGGCACGAGAUGACUCCGGACGAGCUGUUUGAAUUUUUGUUCGAGGCCGCGGCGAGAGGGGGACAGGGCUUCACGGCACAAGGAUUCGGCCCAGAGGGCUUUUUCACCACGACAAGGAACGAUGCAGGGGGCCAGUUUAGGGAAUACAGGCGGUAUGAAGGCGCAGAAGACUCAGUUUGCGAGCGAUUCAAGCCGAUGCUUCUUAUGGUUUUCAUCAUUACCCUCGCGAUGGUGUUUGCCCAAGACGCUGCUCAGCAGCCUUACUCGUUGUUCAGGACCAGCUAUCACUCGCGGGAGGGCAUGACGCCGAAUCAGGUGCGAUAUUACACGGCGUCAAGUAUAGACCUGUCGCGGAGCAGGGCAAGACGACGUAUGGAAAUGGCAGUGGACGUCGCGGCAUGGGAAGAGUAUUCAAGCAGGUGUCAAAAAGAGAUGGGUAAGGAGGACUUUUUGUUGAGACAAAGUCGGAAAUGGCUAGUUGGGAAGAGAACACGGGAGCGGUACCGCGCAGAAUACGAGGCUUUUGAGAAGCCAUGGUGCAAAAAGGCUGGCGUGUUGGGUACAGCGUUACAGCGGCAAGGGGUGUACUGAGGCGAGAAACGAAGAAUGGAGUAAAUUUCUAACGACAGGCGAGGCGAUAUGGCAAGCAGAGGCAGGGCAGGUUAGCCUCCAAGUGGUAGAUUUAUUGAUUCACUGUAUAUGGAGGCAGGUGUAGGAUGGACAAUGUGAGAUGUACGCAAGCGGACCGAGUGUGAUUUAUCUAUACAUAGUUGACGAGCGAAAAAGUGUUGAGGUGCAGAUGCACAAGAAAAAACGUAUUCAAGAGA